UGCAGCGCCUCGGCCUCCGAGGCGUGUGAAAGGCUGGCAGAGAGAGCCACUGACAUCAUCGGAGCCGCCGCGCUCCCCUGGAGGGCCUGCGGAUUACACAGAGACCGUGGCUUUUGUUGUUCGCGUUUGUGCGCGCCUGUUUGCUUCGCGUUUUAAAGGCGCAAGACCCUUCCUUGAAAGAGUGAGGAAGUCAGCUCUUGGGACUAUUGCCUCAUAACCACAAAACUGUGGUUAAGGCCAGAUGUGCUUUCAAGACUUCCCCACAGAGCACUCCUUAUUGGUCACUACCUGUAGAUUAUUAGAUCGGUAGGUGAGAGUGCCAUCAAGAGCAAAGGAAGAUUGGCUUGGCUCAGUUUAGUCACUGUCAGGUGUCCACUCUAGAGGUGUUGAGGUGGACAUGGCUCAAACAGUGGCUGUCCUGUAGCAGCAAUAAGGAAAGGAUGCCUUGAAACAGAUCUUUACUGCAUGUGACCUCAAAAUCAGCUCACCUAUCACAGAGCUAAUUUUUCCUGUGAUCUGUCAGGAGCAACCUGCACCUGUGCUCCCGGCUGUUCCUCACGCCACCCUGCCCUAUGAACACAGGAGCAACGUGGCAGUCGGAGAACAAACACGGAGAUUAAAAAGUAGGAAAGUUGGUCUGGCGAAACAGGAGAGUAAACAAAGGAGAGACUUCACCUAGAUGUGACCCGACUGCCAGCUUGCCCGAGAAAUCAGAGGAGGGAAGAGGGAGCAAUGUUGUAGAAAAACAGGAAGCAUUGCCCUUCCCCAUGAAGAAAGCAGCUCUCGUGCAUACAGGAAACUUUCCAAGUGAGAGUCACUCUGCAUUAGAGAGCAGGCUAGUGAUUUUACUGAGAGUCAGAUCUGCAGUUCUGAUCUCCUGGAAGCUAUCUCCCACCUUCAGGUCAGGUCUGAACCAGCACUCAUUUUCUAGUGUGCAAAGUUAAGGAUGUUCUUCCUCUUUCCCCUUAUUUUCUUUCCACUGGAUUUUCACAUCCUCACAAAGAAGAUAUUGGCACCAGCAUUUAGGGGUCACCACCUGGCCCUCCUUACUAUUAGAUGUUUCCCAAGGGCUUUAGGGCCCCCAGCUGUGCAAUGCUACCAUGUUGUGCCACUACAGGAGAAGUAUAAAGUGUAACCUAAACAUCACACUCACUCCAUUUCCUGCAUGGAAGAAAUGUGGGACAGAAAAACAGAGUAUUUCACGUGUACUUGUGCAAAACACAUUACUUCCCUCUCUUCCCUCUUUGUCUCCCUCCACUGCUCACAGACCUUUUCAGCUAACAGACUGUGUGGGACCCCCACAAAGGCGACUCUUAUCAGCUGCCCCACAGCAGCAAAGAGAGCUCCUUCUCAAGUGCCACAGGGUUCACCAUGCUGCAGGUGAGGACAGCACCAAUUCAGAAGCUGCCUCUGGCUCUUACGUCAGUCACUCACAUGAGCACUGACAGUCCCAGGGACACCGGAACUGUAACAGUGACCUGGCAACCCCAUAACCUACCUUUGGAAACUCAUCACAUGCAACUGCUAUACACUGAGCUCGUCUGCAGCAAGCCCUUCUAACUUAGGAGGGAAGCUGUUACAUUCUUUAUUAGCACAGUCAUCACUUCAUCCUUCUACAGUAAAACACCUCCUGCCCACCCACUUGCCUGUAGUUGAGCAGACACUACCUGGCAUAACCACCUGCACAGCCACCACCAGAAAUUCGGCUGUUCCUGUACCUCAGCAAGCUGCCAGAGGUAGUCUGCUGUGCGUCUCCUGGGCAGGAUCAGGCAGGUCUCCAGCUCAGACACUAACUGCAUGAUUUCCUUUAAGUCAUACACAAAUACCCUUACAAACAUUACAGAAGUCCUUCACACUAUCUGAUGUGGUUGACCAGUGAUUCCCGUAUUCUCUUUUUGAUCCUAGCAAGUUCACACCACCGCAACUUCAUGAUCUUUUUCCAAGUCCCACACCCUCUGUAGGGCACUUUGCUCCCCAGCUGUAAAGCUGACAUUUGCUGGUAGAUUGCUCACAGUCCUAUCAUCCGUGCUGGGUAGCAGCAGGAGGCUGAAUCUUCCUGGACUUGACAGAUUACUCCAAGGCUGAUGACACCCAGCAUUAACUGCACAUCAGAUUUGAGAAGAGCUGUUGCACAACUUUCUCUGGACUUCAUUCUAAGCAACAGCUGGUUCAGAAAAACUCCUGAGAAAGCUCAGCUUUCUGCCAGCUCUCAAGAAAAUUUCACAAUUUCAUAGAAGGCAUAUGCUGUCGGAUUGAAAGGCAACCUGCUGUUGCUGCAGUCAUCUAGACUCCUUCAUGUUUUGGAUACUUAGAAGAAACACCUCCAUUUUCCAUCUCCUGGUGGAAAGAUGACAUCCAAUCUCAUUUCAGAUUUUUGUGAGUGAAGAGUCUCUGAACUCUAGACUGAAGACACUUGUCUUUGGUGCAGUAUGAUAAAACGGUAACUUCUCAAAACCCUUGCAUGUUUUGGGACACAGCAACCAUGCUGUCUGACAGUGGGUAUUGCUGACAGUACAUCACACCAGGGGCUACAUCCUGUUCACUGUUCAGUACUUCCUUAGGAUUUUUAGUUCAAGACUGGCAUUCACUCUUCACUACCGCGGCCCUCUUGUGAGUGAGAUGUCAGUUACUUUCCCCUUCCACUGAAGAACCAACCUCACUGUGCUUUACAGACCUCGUUCCUGUCUCUAAUUAACUUUUGCUAUGGAUUUGCUAAGGAUGUGCCUGUCUAGAGAAGAAAGAGAAACUCGGCCUCACAUCUGGAUGCAAAUGGGCUCCUGAAUCUCUCUUUCCUUUGAACCCUAGGUCUGGCAGCCUGGCAACCAAAAGACCCAACAGCGUGUCGGGACAUGAGACCCCUCUGCACAGCAGUACCUGUGUUCACAGGUGCAAGGCGGGUGCUAACUUCAUACCUGUGUCCUAACACCCUGUUUUGUGGAUACUAUGGGAGCAGCAGGAUUGGAACACAAAGUUAAGACAUUUUGUGAAAUGCUGAUUUAUAGGUCUGAAAUUAUUAACCUCUGUCAAUAGCAAUACAACACCACAGUCCAACAGCACUGAGAGAGAAUGGAUGUGGCAGUGAGAAGUGGAAAAUACAUUUGCCUUCCCCUCUCCUUUGCCCUCCUGGAUCGCAGCACUCCUUCAAAGCACUAAGUCCCAGAGACCCCACCAGAGGCCAGCCUCUAAACACAUCGGUCAUCAAGAAAUACACAGCCGAGCUGCUGCUGCUGCUGGUGAUCAUGCCCUGCGAGCCUGCCGGAUUUACGCCUGCCACAAACGCCAUCCAUCACCGACAGCUGCGGGCAGUCUGCGCCACUCCACGGAGACAGAAGGAUGCUCUCAAGAUGCUGCUAACAGGACAGGCCAGUAUCAGCUCUACCUGUUCUGUUUCAUGUGGUAACAUGGAUGACUGGGACAACAGCAAUGAAUUCAUUCAGCGACUGGACUUCUCCAGUUGUGGUGAGGAGAGUGAAGACAGAAGUGUGAAUGAGGAGGACUCCCUGAGCUUGAGCCCCCCUAGAAGCUCAGAGUUCCAGAAAUGGCAAGAGAGCAGUCCUCUGCCAGCAACCCCUCAGAGAAAGCUUAGUGAGAUUUUCCUGAGCAAGACAAAAGCCUGGAUGAGUCCCACCCUGAAGUCUUCCCCAUCUGUGAGCAAGAGCUGGAGUAAACCUGAGACACCACUGCACAUCACCUGGAAAAAGCUGCAGCUCUGUGACACCCCCCACACUCCUAAGAGCCUGUUAUCCAAGACAGCUUUCCCUUCAUCUGCAACAAAGGUCCCAUCCAAAGGCUUGCGACAUCUGAGACUCACUCCUCGUGCUGACUCUGAUGACUCUUCCCAAGCUUCUCUUGUCAACAUUAAUCCCUUUACACCAGAGUCCUAUCGACAGAUGCUCUUUCACCCUAAUGGCAAACGGAAGGCCCGAGGAGAGCUGAAUGAUCCUCAUCCAGGAACCCAAAUUAAACAGGAGAUGCCUACAAAGAGAUACACUCUGAAAGCCAGCAAUAUGGUUUCCCGCUACAAGAAGGAGUUCCUGGAACUAGAGAAAAUUGGUGUGGGGGAAUUUGGCUCUGUCUACAAGUGCAUCAAACGCCUUGAUGGAUGUGUUUAUGCCAUCAAACGCUCCAAAAGGCCUCUGGCAGGAUCCUCAGAUGAGCAGCUGGCACUGCGCGAGGUUUAUGCCCACGCUGUCCUGGGGCACCACCCCCACGUCGUGCGCUACUACUCGGCCUGGGCAGAGGACAAUCACAUGAUUAUCCAGAAUGAACACUGCAACGGUGGGAGCCUCCAAGAUGUGCUGCUAGAAAAUGCAAAGCUUGGGCAGUAUUUCCCAGAAGGAGAGCUGAAGGAAAUAUUGCUGCAAGUCUCCAUGGGACUAAAAUACAUCCACAACUCUGGCCUUGUGCACCUGGAUAUCAAACCUAGUAAUAUCUUCAUCUGUCACAAGCUGGCAGUUUCAGGCCCUGCUGGGCAGGAGGAGAGUGACAGUGAAGAUGAAUUCUCUUCUGGUGUGGUGUAUAAGAUUGGUGACCUUGGACAUGUGACAUCAAUAACAAACCCUCAGGUGGAGGAAGGAGACAGACGGUUUUUGGCCAAUGAGAUUUUGCAAGAGCAAUACUGCUACCUGCCCAAGGCAGACAUCUUUGCCCUGGCGCUCACGGUGGCUCUGGCAGCCGGGGCAGCCCCGCUGCCUCACAAUGGGGCCCUGUGGCACCACAUCCGCAAAGGCAAUGUCCCAGCCAUGCCCCAGAAGCUCUCCCACCGCCUUCUUGAGCUCCUUAAGCUCAUGAUCCACCCUGAUCCAGUGCAAAGACCUUCUGCCACAGCCCUCACCAAACACCCUGUCCUCCGUCCUUCAUGUGGAAAAGCUGUGCAGCUCCAGGAGCAGCUAAAUGUGGAGAAAUGCAAGACUGCCAUGCUGGAAAGGGAACUUAAAGCAGCUCGCCUUGCCCAGACCCUCAUGAAGGACCAAGCCUUAGGAAGUGCCAAGUUACAAGAGUCUGAAACCUCUUCUAAGCAGAAGAGCAAGCGUCUGGUGGGAGGGAAGAGCUGUCGCUCCUUUAGCUUUACUCUGGGUUACUGAAUUUCUGUGUUGUCCAAAGAUGGCUGAAUGGCCCUGUGAAAGCAGAGGGUCUGCACAGACCAAUGCCCCAUAUUGUCUCCCUGUCACUUACUUUUUGUUGUUUGGGUGACUUUUUUUUUUGUUCCCCUGUUAGUUAUGAUAUGUUGGCUGAGAAAAGAAUGACUGGCUUACAAGUGUUGGAUCAUGUGAUUUAAGUUUGUUCUGUCUUUUACCUGUCUAAUUUCUUCUGUAACUGGCCUUACUACAGACUCAGUGUAACUCUGCCGUGAUGAAAGAAUGAUGUUUUCUCUACUCACUUCCCUCUUUCUUGAGUUGGGCCCUGUUAUUGGGGAUUUUGUGGUCUCAACACUUGGGCUUACUAUACCUUUAGAGAGAUGAUAAUGGCUCUCCAAGGAGGCAGCAUCUACAGCUGGCCCCUUCUAGGAAACAGUAGGCAGAGACUGUGGCAGCCAGUUCUAGCUACACACCAGGAACCAGGCAGGUUACACGGCAGUCCUGGGGGCUCGGGAUGCAGCUGCCGUGGUGUUUCACUGCGGGGGGACACACUAAUAGGAAGUACUUCCAGUUAAGGAGAGGGAGAUGAGGAAAAACAGCAACAAAACUUUUGCAGCUCUGUGCUCUAACAGACUAGUUAGUCCCAGAUACUCGACUUGUUUUCUGUCUGUCGGGGAGGGCUCCUUGUCCAUGUGAGGGGAUAACUGCAGUGCGUUGGUCGCUGGGUCUCUUUGUACCCAUUUCCCCUCCGUGUAUCGCAUGUGGUGCAGGUGCCUGCCUGCGAACUGCAGCCUUUCAGCAGAGGAGGGCAAUCAGAAAGGGGUUUUACCUUUUUGGAGUUGCCUAUGUUAAUGGUGGUAUAUAUUUCGUAUGUGAGAUGUCAUAAACCCGUCCCCCUCUCCCCACUAAAUGUAACUUUGGAAGUCCUCGUCGCUUGCUUGUGUUGGACAGAGCGCUGCCCUGUGAUGAGGGAGACCUUGGUAACUCGGUUAUUUC